CCCUGGUUUUGUCCUCCAACCUCUCUCUCCGCUUUCGAUAUUCUAUCUUUCCUUUCCGCUUCCUUUUUCUUCUUUUAUAUCCCUUCGUCUUCGCUGCUUCUUCCUGGAUCCAUGCCCAGAGAGUUUUAGAUACGUGGGACGGUGGGAGUGAUCCCUUCUGUUUCCUCUGUUUGUAUCCUUACCAUACACUGAUCUCAACUUCAUCGUUUUCCGGCGAUACCCUGUUUCGUUAGGGUUCUUGCCUUGCGAAAAAUCAGGUUUUAUUUGGUGGGUUUUGGGGAUUCAUGGGGUAUGAGAUGAAUUUGGCUGCGAAAACAGAGAAGGAAGUUUUGGAAUUGCAAAAGGAAGUGAUUUUGGGUAAGAAUCAGUGCAAGAGCCCCACUGUUGACUCGCUUAAGCCAAAGAACCCGAGCCCGGCGUCGGCAAAUUCGCCAAGCAGAUCGAAGAAGAAGAAGAAGAACCGGCGGCGGAAGAUGGCUAACCCUGUGAUGGCUGAGACGGCGGCGGAGGUUUUGCCGGUGCGGCGGCUGUUCAAUACCUGUAAGGAAGUGUUCGCCGAUUGCGGCCCUGGUAUCGUUCCCUCUGAAGAGAAAAUCCAACGGCUACGGGCUAUUUUAGAUGAUAUGAAACCGGAGGAUGUCGGUCUAACUCCACGUAUGCCCUACUUCCGAGUGACGUCUGAACGUGGGCGACAAUCACCAUCGAUAACGUAUCUGCAUCUAUAUGAUUGCGAUAUGUUUUCGAUCGGGAUUUUCUGUUUGCCGCCUUCCGGUGUGAUUCCUCUCCAUAACCAUCCUCAGAUGACGGUUUUCAGUAAGCUUCUCUUUGGUACAAUGCACAUCAAGUCGUAUGAUUGGGUGGCUGAUGCUCCAAUGGAAGAUCCCGUGACGCGUCUUGCGAAAGUGAAGGUUGAUUCCACAUUCACGGCACCUUGCAACACGAGCAUAUUGUACCCAGCAGACGGUGGAAACAUGCAUUGCUUCACGGCAGAGACACCGUGCGCGGUUCUUGACGUGCUCGGACCACCCUACUCUGAUCCAGAGGGGCGCCAUUGCACCUACUUCCUCGACUUCCCAUACAGCAAUUUCUCAGUUGAUGGAGUUAUAAUACCCGAGGAGGAGAGGGAAGGCUAUGCAUGGCUCCGGGAAAGAGACGAUAAUCCCGAGGAUCUGAACGUAGUCGGGGCUUUAUACCGAGGGCCAAAGGUUGAUGAAUGAGUGAGACACCAUAUCACUCUAUCGGUCCCCGCUCUGCCGGUUCAGAAUCCUGGUUUUCAGUCAAGGUUCUUAGCAUUUACAGCUUUUCUCUGUACAUAAAAAGGGAAAGAAAAAAGAAAAAGAAAAGGAACGAGAGGAACAAAAAAAGGAAGAAGAAGAAGCUGCUUUUGUGCUAUGGAACUGCACCAUAGCUUAGGGUUCAUAGUCAUACAGCCAUUGUUGUAAUGCCACAAAGUUCAGACACAGAAUUAUGCAGUGUUGAUGUUUCAUUUAUGGUUGGUGGAGACAGAGAUCUGAUCAUGGAGUUUAAGGUUAAUUUGUCCCCACGUACA